UGGAGCUUCAUCAUCCUUGAGUGGACAACUUCACUGCAAAGUCAACCAUUCUGAUUGCCAUGGUGUUGGACCGCUCCAUCACCACCUGCAGCACCCUGCAAUACACUGCUGUGUUCACGUACGUGGUGAUAGCCAAGACAGGGCAGGCUCCCCUAACCCAGAGCUUCUGCAUGGUGUUCCCAACCACAUUCCUCCUCCUGAGGCUGCCGUGCUGUGGGCACAAUGUGAUGCCACACAUCCACUGUGAGCACAUAGGCAUUGCCCGCUUGGCCUGCGCCGACAUCUCCACCAACAUCUGGUAUGGCUUUGCCACCUCCCUCCCAGGUGGGCAUGGUGUCAUCACAGCAUCCUACAGCCCCAUCCUCGGGGCCAUCUUCAGGCUCUCCUCCAUGGCCACCCAGGUCCAGGCAGUUGGCACCCGCAGCUCUCAUGUGUGUGUUACAUUAACAUUCUACACGCCAGCACUGUUUGCAUUUUUCACUCUUUGCUUUGGCCACAACAUCCCCUACCACAUCCACAUCCCAUUGGCCAACCUCUAUGUGCUCCUACCGUCCAUGUUAAACUCCAUCAUCUGCACAGUGAGAAACAAGCUAGUCAGGGAAAGGCUGUCCCAGAUGCUCCUUAGGACUGGGCAAUGGCAGUGA